AUGGCGCCUGUCUGCCGGACAAAAGGCGAAUCUGUCUGACGGUGGAUUGAAACCCAAUUAGAAACAGAGGAGACAUUUUGGGAAAACUGUCAGUGUCCGUGUGUCCCGGCGCCCCAAGGCUGUAGAUAUAUGGUAAAAUAAGCAUCUGCGGAGGCUCUUGGACUGGAAUAUUAAGGAUGUUCCAGCAGAGUGAGGAGCCUCGCUUCACCAUUGAGCAGAUCGACCUCCUCCAGAGGCUAAGGAGGACGGGGAUCACACAGGUGGAGGUCCUCCAUGCCCUGGACACACUUGACCAUUUGGACCGGAAACAUGGACACAAGUUGACCCAUAAACCGUCCUACAUGCCUCCCUCGUCUUCCAGCACCGUUGCCGCCUCUUCCUCCAUGACUUCCGCCGCCACUCAGACAAGUUUCCCCAACAACCGAUUCUCACUGUCCCCUAAUAACAACUUCGACACCACCUCCCCGCCUCUACCAAUUCCAGUGGCCUCACCUGUCGUCAUUUCAGCUGUAACUCAGAACGGUCUAGUUGCUGUCACCAAUGGGAAGCUGUCACCGCCCAGAUUUCCUCUUGGCGUGGUUAGUGACAGCGUGACGACACCAGGCUAUGGGUUUGAGACCAGUGAAGAGGACAUAGAUGUUGAUGAUAAGGUGGAGGACUUGAUGAGGAGGGAUAGCGCUGUGAUCAAAGAGGAGAUUAAGUCCUUCCUGGCGAACAGGCGGAUCUCUCAGGCUGUGGUCGCUCAGGUAACGGGGAUCAGUCAGAGUCGGAUCUCCCACUGGCUCCUACAGCAGGGAUCAGACCUCAGCGAGCAGAAGAAACGAGCCUUCUUCCGCUGGUACCAGCUAGAAAAGACCAACCCUGGUGCCACUCUGGCCAUGCGAGCCGCCCCAUUGGCUCUGGAGGAUGUGAUGGAUUGGCACCAAGCCCCGCCUCCAUUUGGCUCUGCCCCUGGGGGCUUCCGUCUGCGGCGAGGGAGCAGGUUCACCUGGAGGAAGGAGUGUCUGGCUGUUAUGGAGAGCUUCUUCAGUGAUAACCAGUACCCUGAUGAAGCGAAGAGAGAGGAGAUAGCCACCGCCUGUAAUGCUGUUAUUCAGAAACCCGGAAAGAAGCUGUCUGAUUUGGAGAGGGUAACAUCUCUGAAGGUCUACAACUGGUUUGCCAACCGCCGCAAAGACAUCAAGAGGCGCGCUAACAUUGAAGCAGCCAUCUUGGAGAGCCACGGCAUUGAGGUUCAGAGUCCAGGAGGUCAGUCCAACAGCGACGAGGUGGAUGGCAACGACUUCCCUGACCAGGGUUGUGAGGUGUCCUUAUUUGACAAGAGAGCUUCAGCGAGGCAGUUUGGUUUCAGUCGAGCUGACCUGUCCUCUCCAACCCAGGUUCCCACGCUGCUCCCCAGCUGGUUUUCCGCCCUGGCUAGAGGAGGCAUGUCUGGACAGAGGGGCACUUCUCUGAUCGGCCGCUCCCUUGUGUCGGGGGCGGGCCCUCAGGUGGAAGGUUCCAGAUUGACAGGUGUGUCCUGGUCUCCCCCUUCCCCCUCCCUCCAGGACGAACCCACCAUUGAGCCCCAGGAUCCAAUCGGUUUGGAGAAGGCUGCUGUCCAUCACAGCAACCAAGCCCUAGCCAAUCAGGUUGAUGGGACAAGAUGCAGCAUGGGUAACGACAUCAAGACGGAAACGCUGGAGGAUGACUGAAGGGUGUGGUGGAUAUCGGAGCUUUCGGAGUGAUGAAUGGAACAGGAUCAGAGGUGUGUUAAUAUGCAAGCAGAUUUUAUAGGAAUGUAAUAAGCGAAAAAAAAAAGACCAAACGUCGUGUAUACUCCAACCCUGAGAUACCUCCCAACCCUACCUCCAACCACCAACCUGCUCUGCUACGCUCUUAUAGGCAUUACUAUUAUAUUAUGCUAACAAUAAUGAUAAACUGUUAUGUUUAUUUUUAAGUGCUCCCCAGCAGUCUGUGGAAGAUUUAAAAUACCUAAAUUAGGGAUGGAACGAAAUGAAAAUUUAUGGCUGAAGCCGAAUAUCAUGAAAAACUUUAUACCAUAUCAUACCAUACCGAACAAGGUUUUUCAAAUUUAUUUCCGUUUAAUUUGCCAUUUAACUUAACUUAAUUUACCAUUGCAUAUCCCACAGGAUUUGGUGAGUCCUAUAAAGUAAAUUACAUGUGUCCAUUUACUUUUAACAGACACUGGUAAUAUGUUUUAUACUUUCUGUGAAUAUAAUCCAAUUAAUCUCACUUCCAUACUGUAUAGACACCUUAUUUUGAAAACCAACA